GAGCGCGGCGGUCUGCGUCGCGGGCAGCCCCGGGGCGUCGGUUCUUACCGUGUUGGGUUUUCUGCAGCGCGGAGCCCCCGACCUGGGUUAGCUGGAUUCCGUCAUCGGGUCGCCUGUGGAGGGUGAGGACAGGGAGGCAGGCUUGGAUGCAUCUUGGCCUCCUCUCCCAAGCCUGCAUUUGUUGUUGAAGAUGAGCACUGAGGAUAGUUUGGGGACAACGUGGGGCGGGAAACUACUGGCCCGGGUGCCCCCACUCAGGGACUUUAACAGGUUGCCCGAUUAUGGCGCGCACCUUGCUCUUGAAAGGUAUUUUCAAUUCCACAGGUGUUUUCAAAACUUCAGUUCAUAGGGCUUACUUAAACAUGAGCAGAGCUAUCCUAAAAGUAAAAGUUUUCUUUUUAUGUAAAUACAUCUUAAUACCACAGAGGGACUUGAGAGAGUUUAGAAAAUUGCUAAACCAGUGAUACAAUGUGAGGCUACCAAAAAGGUGGCAACCACUGCUUUAGAAAAGAUUUGUUUGACAUACGUAUCUUUUGUCUCGUUGAAAUCUGGAUAUUUUUAGUUUAUUUUUGUGUGUGCGUGUCCUGCACUUUGGCUGUACUAUAACCUCCCAUUUAUUAAGAAGCCAAAUCAUUUUUUAUUUGAUUUUGAUAUUUGUAAAGAACUCUAGGUUUUAAAUUUAGAACUUCGAGUCACGUGGGCUGCAAAGCACAUAAACCUUUUGGACAGUCUCCCCGACAAAUUAUGUUUUGUCCUCUGCUUGGAUUUUAUUUAGUGGAAAGCACAACCGAUUCUUUUGUGUGUUUUGAAGCCGUGUUUUGGAGCAGAUCUCCAGCCCACCUGUCAGGCUGUGCCUGCUUCCUCUGCCACUGCACCAAGGACUAGGAUUCCAGACCCCUGGCAGGGCCACCGCCUGGAGCAGCAACCUGAUUUCUCAGUGUGCAGCUUUAGAAAGCAGAUUCAGAAAAAGAACAUUUGAUCAUUAUUUCUGUUCAUUCAUCUGGCUGCUUGUAACAAGUUUGGCCUUUUCAGAGUCUUGCAUCUUUAUUCUGUUAUCUGUGUAUUUACAUAUUAUUUCUAUCGCCGUGACAAUUGAAAACUUGAAACUUUUAAAAGUAAAUUCUGUGUAUUCAUUUAACCAGUGUGGAAGAACAUGGUGAUGAUGGGGAAGAUAGUUGCUUCCAUUUCUGUUACUGAGUUGGCUUUGGAUGUUCAAUCAGUCUUUCAUCCAAUGUCUUUGAUAAUCUUGCCCUCAAGAAUCCUGUAGGCAAUUUCUUAGAUACUUUCAGAGAAUCCCAUUCACAUGAUCUACCAAACUAGGAAACGUAUCACAAAAGGAAUUUGGAUUAAGGUGGUUAGUGAAGCCACCAAGUGACCUUUGAGUUAUCAUCAAUUAUUUGCUAAAUGCAAAUAAACCUGUUUCAUACUCGAAUUGUGCUGAAGAUCAGUGGCCACCUUGCUCAUUUCUCCCUUUUUGGAAGUGUGGCUUAUCACUUGAUGGUGUCCUGUAUUCUGGUUCUGUCCUCCACUGGUCCUCAAAAUUCCAUAUAAUGACUCUGAGACAGCAAUCAAGUUCCUUCAGCAGCCAGGGAAGUAAUUCCUCUGAUCCUGAAGACUUCCAUGAGAUGAUUGAGACAGGUUACUUGUGUACCACCUUCUUAUCAGCCUUAGGUAGCAAGUCCCUACUUAAUACCCUGACCAGAUUAUGUCAUUGUCCUCUCGCAUAAAGAAUGGCCUAUAGACACAGAAAUUAGCCAUAUGUAUUACUCAGUAGAAAAGUGUCUGCGGUAGAUAGAAUUGUGUGUCAUCUGAUUCAGGGAAUGCAAGCCACGUGGUUUGUCUUUCUCUUGUUUGGUGUUGCUCUGAGAGUGUGCCCCAGAGAUCCUUUUAUCCUAUUCCUGGAGUGUAGAGAGGGCAGAGCCAAUUUGGCAUUAUCUGGAAAGCAGUGGUUUGGUAUCAGUGGAACAACAGGUGGCAGUGGAGAGACCAAAUGAUGGCUAUUGAGCCCAGAUACCUUUCCCCGGUAUGUCCUCCCCUGUUUUACUUUAGGGGUGGGAUUCAAAGAUAAAUUGAGAACUGGCAGGUGCUAGACAGUAGAGAUUUCAGAGAAGUUUUUAGCAUAUUAAUAGGUUGCUUCAUUUACCUCCUCUUUGCAGUUGAGUUUGGCCCACCAAAGUAGUAGAAGGUAUUUCCUUAUUUAUUUUUGUUUUACAACAUGUAUUCAUGAUGCCAAGCUCAUGAGUUUUGUUCUGGUAUAGACCUGUUAUUAUUUUCUUCUGUGUCUGUAGAUUUUGCUCCUAACUUUGCCUGAAAUUUGUCAAACCUCAGAGAGAGUAUGAAUGAAUCAAUGCCAAUUCUAACAAUAUAAAUGAAAAAAUUUUAAACUUCAGAAGCAUAUGUUCUAUUCACAGCAGACUAGUUAAAUCAUAUUCACAUAGAAAUGAUAAAACAAUAAAAGUUAUAGGUCUGCCUAUUAUUAAUAUAACUAUAAUGAUGUUAUGUGCUGCUAAAAACUGAAACUCAAAGGUUUACACAGCCUAAAAACAAAUAAAUGUAGUCAUGAACCACCUUAAAUUUUUUGUAGUAUCUCUCUAUACUCGUUAAUUAAAAUGAACUGUCAGAGUCCUUUGACUAUUUGAUCCACAGCCUUGGUAGAGCUUCACGUGUUAUUUCUGGCAAGUGUUGAAAUAUUUCCACUAACCAGGCUAAUUUUUUUAUGGACAAAAAAUAGUUUUGAAAUCAAUAAUUUCCUAACAAAAUCCUUCAGUGUAUAUAGUGUUAUAUAAAUAUCCUAAGCAUAAAAAGCAUUGGAUGUUAACCUUAACAUUUGUACCCCCAUGUAUGCUGUAAAAAAUUUUUUAAAAAGCAUUGGGUAUUUAUUUAUAUAUUCUGAUGAAUGUGUUUUUGUGGUAUUUUGCCAAGAUAGGAGGUGAAAUCAAAUGGGUGUUGGUGAGUAGCCCGCGGCAGCAGUCUCUUCAUUUCAUUGGCUCAGAGUGACCUAUAACUUGGAAGCCUUCCUUAGGUAAGACAAGGCUUGAAAAAGAAAUGAUCAGUUUUUAAACGGUCACAUAUAUUUAGGCUAGACUGUUUAUAUCAACAUGUUUCAACUAAUGAAGAUCAAUUUGUCUUACAUUCUAAGAUAUAUAUGAUGAUGCACAUAGCCAUAAAAUUAUUUUAUAUGAAGCUUCUGAUUUGCAAAUGAGUUUUAUGCUGUAAAAAUUAAUGUACACUAGGAAAAAGAAACUUAAAAUGUUAUUUUUAGUAAAUUAUUAGUAUUGAUAUAAUAUCCUUUAUGGUGAUUCUGCUAUCAGUGAAUUGGCUAUUCAAUAAGUUUACUAAAUAAUUUAAAUCAAUCCAUGUUAUAUACAAUGGAAUUUAGUAUACAGCACAAUUCCUUUGUUUAGAAAUGUAAGGCAGUUCUCUGACUCAGGAUUUGGGUGAAAUCUUUGUUUUAUGUUUGGCUUCCCUGCUUUUAAAGUGAAGGAUUCUAUUAGGGCUAAUUUGUUUUGUAGUAACUCAGUGUAAUUUUAACGAUCCAUUUUGUAGGUUACCAAAUGAAACGAUUAGAAGCAAAAUGUCCAUGAAUGUGCUUCCCAUUUGAGUUAAGAAUCCAGCAUCUAUUCCUUACCAUUAUAGUGAAUUAGCAUUAAAGAGUAGAUCAGCCCUUUUACAAUAGCCUAUCUUUGAAUUAUUGGUGAUCAGUAGUUUCAUGUAUUCUACAUUUUAUUGAUUGACAAGUUCUAAGUUAAACAUGUUUUAGUCAAACUAAAAUAAUCUUCAGUAGCUCUUUUGCCUGAUGCGUGAGUUACAACUUUGCAACUGUUUUUCCUUUCCAUUCCAGUUUUCCAAACCCUAAAGAUGACUUUUAAUUUUGUUCAGUUACUUUAUAGGUCAUUCCUGCUUCUGGGAUCCAACUCUAUGUUGUGGUUAAGAAAUGUUUCACAUCAGACAGAGUGAAUUACAAAACAGAGACAUUUACAUGUUAAAUAAGUAUUUCAUUAGAUUUGAAGAAUGAAGAGGAAGAAUUUCUCUGUGGUGAAUAAAAUUGUUCAGUCUUCGCCCACAGCAAAACAGCCAAAACUGGGGUUCUACUCUUCUCUCAACCAGACUCACAUGCACGCUGGUCUAGACUGGGAGAGUUUGCCUCACCAUGUGCUGUUACAGGUUUUUCAGUAUCUUCCUUUGAUAGAUCGGGCCCGUGCAUCUUCUGUGUGCAGGAGAUGGAAUGAAGUAUUUCACAUCCCCGACCUUUGGAGAAAGUUUGAAUUUGAGCUGAACCAGUCAGCUACUUCCUAUUUUAAGUCCACUCAUCCUGAUCUCAUUCAGCAGAUUAUUAAAAAGCAUGCUGCCCAUCUCCAGUAUGUCAGCUUUAAGGUUGAUAGUAGCACAGAGUCAGCAGAAGCUGCCUGUGAUAUACUUUCUCAGCUGGUAAAUUGUUCUAUCCAGACCUUGGGCUUGAUUUCCACAGCCAAGCCAAGUUUCAUGAACAUGUCAAAGUCUCAUUUUGUGUCAGCACUUACAGUUGUUUUUGUCAACUCAAAAUCAUUAUCCUCAAUCAAAAUUGAAGACACGCCAGUGGAUGACCCUUCAUUGAAGAUUCUUGUGGCCAAUAAUAGUGACACGCUAAAGCUCCUAAAAAUGAGCAGCUGUCCUCAUGUUUCAUCUGAUGGAAUACUUUGUGUAGCUGAUCACUGUCAAGGCCUCAGAGAGCUGGCGCUGAAUUACUAUAUUCUGAGUGACGAGCUGCUCCUGGCACUUUCAAGUGAGACUCACGUUAACCUCGAACACCUUCGGAUUGAUGUCGUGAGUGAAAACCCCGGACAGAUUGAAUUCCAUGCCAUUCACAAACACAGCUGGGAUGCGCUCAUUAAACACUCGCCUAGAGUGAACGUUGUCAUGUACUUCUUCUUAUAUGAAGAGGAAUUCGAAACGUUCUUCAGAGAAGAAACCCCUGUUACUCAUCUUUAUUUUAGUCGUUCCGUAAGCAAAGCCGUGCUAGGGCGGAUAGGUCUGAACUGUCCACGGUUAAUCGAGCUGGUGGUCUGUGCCGGUGGCCUGCAGCGGCUGGACGAUGAACUUGUCUGCAUUGCUGAACGCUGCAAGAACUUAGCGGCCUUGGGCCUGAGCGAGUGUGAAGUCAGCUGCGGCGCGUUCCUUGAGAUUGUGAGACUGUGUGGGAAAAGGCUGACCCAGCUCUCCGUAAUGGAGGAAGUUUUGAUCCCUGAUGAAGAUUAUAGCCUCGAUGAAGUCCACACGGAAGUCUCCAAAUACCUGGGGAGAGUAUGGUUUCCUGAUGUGAUGCCUAUCUGGUAAUCGGCUACCAAAGAUUCUGAACUUUUCUUUUUAUAGUAUUAGUAAACUUAGCUGCUAUCUGCCUAUGCAAAUUUAAAUUUUCAAGAUGCAUUGCUGAAAUAUCUUAAGUCAAAUAUUUUUUCAUUUUACCAUUUACUGUCUUUUAAUGGAUUGCUGCUGCAGAAACAUUUGAAAAAAAUACAGGAAAUGUGAAAAGCCGUGGAAAUCUCUAAAAACAGGGCCCAGGCACUGUGUGUGGACGAAAUGGUUGAGAUGCCAAAAACUGCAGAUGGUUUCUAAGCAGAUUCCUCAGCCUUCCUCGAAGGCGUACUUUAGCUUGCAAAAUAAAUGUGUAGUACUGAACUGGGAUCCCUUAAGUUUUAUCAUUUACCGUGUUAGAUUGUUUUCAUUGCUUCUGUUUUAUCUUGAUAUCAAUAUAUUUUAUAACAUACGUAGUAUUAAAAACUAAGUGUAAAAUCAA